AUAUAUUUAUGAAGUUCAUUACAAUAUUUUGAACCUAUUUAUUCACCAUGAGCAGUGUUGAACCAUCUUUAUAAUAAUAUGGAGUCCGUAUCGCUUGACCUGUUUUACCCAAACAAAGCAUUCAUUCAAAAUUAAUGAACCAUUUCAUUUUCACUGCGAAACUAUAUAAUACCCAUAAAAUCGGUACACAAUUCCAUAGAUUGAGAUUUGUUCACUUAUGUUAUGAAUUCAUUAUAUUGAACACGAUAUAAUUUUAGAUAUAUUUUUUUUUAUCACCACACCUUCGGUUUGUUGUUUAUGCCUUGUAACCAUAAUAAUAAGCGGUAUUUCCACAUUCUCCCGAACACCUCGUCUGUAGAAUGAUCGUCACGGUGUGGUUAUCUGUGGAGUACAUCCAAUGUCUACUUAGGAUCAAGAACAGAGGUUGUAUGGGCAAUAAAGCCACAUCUGUGGCCCGACUUUCUUCAUCUACUAUGAAGCCCAGGUGCCAUGUGAAAGCACGGUGUGAGAUCUACCCCCGCAGUCAAAUUCAACGCUGUCCUGUGCCGGAUGAGAAAGUACCAUGGAGUUCUAGUUUUCCAGAAUAUAAACCUGUGGAUUACACUGCCCAGUCUAUCUUAAAUAAACCUGUAUAUGCUGAUGCUGAUAUCAGAACAGAGAAAGUAGACACUCCAUUAAGCUUCAAUGGCUGUGAUGGCAAAAUAAACCGAGUCAGUCACAUGGGCGACUAUGAAGUGAUCGAUGGAGUGCCAAGAAAUCCACGAGGCAGGACAGGUGUUGUGGGCCGGGGGCAGCUAGGGAGGUGGGGACCCAACCAUGCAGCAGACCCGAUAGUCACCAGAUGGAAGCGUGAUGACUCAGGGAAGGCUGUCGUGGGAGCAGAUGGUAAAUCCAUCCUACAGUUUGUAUGCGUCCAGAGGAGGGACAAUCACCAGUGGGCCAUUCCAGGGGGUAUGGUGGAUGCAGGGGAGGUUGUUACAGCAACACUGAGACGUGAAUUUGGGGAGGAAGCCCUCAACUCCCUCCAGAUGUCGCAAGAGGAGAAGAAGAAGAUGGAAAUAGAAUUAACUGAGUUUUUCUCCACAGGAAGAGAGGUUUACCGCGGGUACGUAGAUGAUCCCCGAAACACAGACAACGCAUGGAUGGAGACGGUGGCAAUGAAUUUCCAUGAUGAAGAUAGUUCGUGUUUAGGAAAAAUUGAUUUAUGUGCAGGUGAUGAUGCAAUGAAUGUACAGUGGAUGGAUCUUAGUGGCAGUUUAGAUCUCUAUGCAAGUCAUGUAGACUUUUUAUUAGAAGUAGCGAAACGUCACAGUGCCAGUUGGUGAUAAUGACUCGGUGAAUAUCAGACCAUUGUUACAAAUUAACAGUCCCCCCACGCAGAAACUACACAUAUCAAAAUUAUCCAUGGAUGUUUAUGUUUUCAGUGUAUUCAUCUUUUAUAGCUUUACAUACUGCAAUGUUAGACAUUUUCUCAUGAUCACGUUGCAGUUGUAAAGAUUCAUGUAUGAAUCUUGAUUAAUAUAGUAUUAGUAUAUUUUAAUGGCUGGGAAUAUUGACAGAAAUGAAAGUAGAAUAUAAAAAUAAGAUGUAAAUGUACACAGUAUCAUCUCUUUUUGUUUGUAUUAGUUACUUAAGAAAUGAAUUUUAGAAAUUGAAACUUGACAAUACACGAGGUUAUCAACUACAAUGCUUCACGCUGCUCUAUGAAGUUUACCAGUGUAACACGUCACAGUUCAUAUGAAGUUUACCAGUGUCACAGUUCAUAUGAAGUUUACCAGUGUCACAGUUCAUAUGUAGUUUACCAGUGUCACAGUUCAUAUGAAGUUUACCAGUGUAACACGUCACAGUUCAUAUGAAGUUUACCAGUGUCACAGUUCAUAUGAAGUUUACCAGUGUCACAGUUCAUAUGAAGUUUACCAGUGUCACACGUCACAGUUCAUAUGAAGUUUACCAGUGUCACACGUCACAGUUCAUACCCUCGUGUAAAUGAAAUUUAUUUUUUAAAUGACAGUACUUGUACAUAAUCCUAUAUUUAAUUUGUACCCAUAGUCUGUGGUUUAUAUCUAGUGGCAAAUGAAAAACUGGAGUAAGUUUUCUGACUUGUCAAUGUUUAAAUACUUGUAAGGUUUAUCUGAGUUUUAUUUUGGAAGCCAUAUAAAUUACAAAUGUAUACCAGCAUGUACUUGAAAAACACUUUAAUUACAUGGUUUUUAUAUCAGGUAGAGAUGUAUAUUUGCAGAUAUUUGUAGUUAUCCUCAUUUCUUGUAUUUAUUUACAUAUAUGUGUUCAUGCCUAGUUCUGAUCUGUUGACAUUUCUCGAUACCCAGUGUCUCUGUGGUUGUCUUCAUAAUAAGGCGAUCAGAAUACAGGGAUAUUAAGCUGACAAAGGACCCUGCUGGUAUUUUGACACUUGAAUUUGUGUGAAGUACAGCUAACAGUUCAGAUGUUGAUAAAUGUUUUUGUUAAGUACAUUAGCUUUUGUUCAGAAAUCAUGAAAACUUUCGAUAGUAAAUUGUGUUUAACUUUAACCACCCCCACCCCCUCCCUCUCCCCCUCCCUCUCCUUUACAUUAUGUUUUCUGAUCCAAUAUAGACCGCAGAACACUGUACUUGAUAUACCAGAAAUUUCUGAUGUAUUUUAAAGAGAUUAAUGUUUAAAUGUUUCUACUAACGUUUUGUUGGUUACUGUUAGUUAGUAGGAAGUAGACGGAGUUAUGGUUCUUGAUUUUGUUUUUGUCCCUAGGUGCUAUGUGUACAAUGUAAUUACUGGGAAUAUGGAUUUUUUUCCAUUCCUAGAAAUUUCUUUUUCAUUCAUAAAUUACUGUAAACUAGGUGAAAGUGAAAUGUAUUUGAGGAUACAACAUUAGUUUUACUUGCAUGCAGUGUAAAUGAAUUAUUAUAACAUACCCAACUGCAGUGUUUUGUGAUCAAGAAAUUUUCACAAACUGUACACGUUUUCUACACAUACUAUGAAUACUUUUAGGGAAUAUAUACUGUAGGGGGGGGGGGGUGUCACUUUUUUCUUUUAAAAUGUUCCUGGUGGGAAAUGACUGCCCUUCCGACUAGUUCCUGCUUCUGUGUGCUGUGUCCAUGUAAUUACAUUGGUUUGACAGCUUCAGUGUACAUCAGCUGCAUCAUCAAUUUCACAAUGUUUCGUUGUGUAAUCGUUUCAUUAAUACUUUAUUUUCUUUGCUAAAAAAAAAAAUCAAAGUUCCACAUGAGCAACUAGAGAUGAAUUUUAUAGAUUAGAUCUUGUAGGUACCGCAGGGUACCAUCAUGUGUAACGCUGUAAACUAAUUUUGUUUGCAUGUAAUUAAAUGAUGUACAGCGUUUUUAUGGCUAUUAAUGAUAAUUGUUAUGAUUGUAGAAUGAAUUUUAAUAAAUUUCUAUAAUCCAAA